CAUACAUACAUACAUACACAUACAGCGUCUGUAUGUUAAAUUAAAUGCCGCGAUCGCAUCGCGACUAGAAAUAAAAGCCACCUAAAUUCAAGUUAAGUGCCCCCAAACUUUGGAUUAUACUACGAGUCUACCACAACGAGUACACAGCAUUAAAUUGGAUAUAACACACACAUAUAUACAUCUAUAUAUAUAUAUAUAACAUAACGGAUUAUAUACACAAUUUUCUAUUUGGAUUUUAAACGGAUUGCUUUUGAAAAUCAAUAAAGCAAUCGCCGUGCUGUGUGGCUGAGGCAAGAGAAAAAAAACGGCAAUCGAGAGAACGUGGCUAGGAUGAAGGCAAAUCGAGCCGAUUUCGGGCACAGCAAUUACCGAGGGCCAUAUUAAGGGGGUACAGCCCGUAAUCGAGGCUGAAGACCUUUUGGAGUGUGCAGUGGCAAGGACUGGUGCUUUUGGGCAUUGGUUGCAACACUACAUGGAUCGCAGAAAUGGCGGCGAUCCCUUGGCGCCACCCCGGCCCCCAAAGCUACUACCGCGCGUGCAUCGACCAAGGGCGCCGGAGCCAACAGCGUUAAGUGGCAGCAUCAAUAGCAACAGCAACAGCAACAGCAACAGUACCAGCAGCAACAAUAGCAGCAACAAUAGCAACAACAACAGCAAUCAGCAACUUUCGAGUAUUACAACAACAGCAGCAGCAGCAGCAGCAGCAACAACAACCACAAACAACAACACAAUAUCGAUAAUACCAACAACGGCCGAUUUCGACGACUAUCAGAUCCAUCAUCUGACAUUUCUGCCCCAGCGUCCGAGCAGCUUGAGUCGCAACAGCAGCAACGCAUCCUCAUCGACGGCAACGGCGAACAGCAGCAGCGCUGGUUCCACAUCCAGUUUCACUCGUCGCCGUCCGCCCCCGCCGCUGCUAACAAUCAACAGCAGCAGCAGCAGCAGCAGCAACAACAGCAGCAACAGCAACAACAUCAGCAGCAACAACAACAACAACUUCCUUAGUCAUUUCCAAAGCGCUGAGCCGGCCGCGUCACUGUUGUCAACGUCACUGGGUCAGCCGCCCGCCUCCCCUGUCACGCUGGCGCAACCGCGACCCGAAUCGGAGAGGCUCACCAAUGAGUAUGUGGACACGCCGUUGCAGCAUGCGACACGGUCGCAACAUCCCGCCGGCCAGCAGGACAAUGGCCAGACGACGACGCAUCAUUUGCUGUUGCUGCCGCAGCGACACCAACAACAGCAGCAGCAGCAGCAACACCAGCAACAUCAUCAUCAUCAUCAAACAGCAACAACACCUCAUCAUCGACUGGCAACGUCGACGGCGACGCCGACGUCAGCAACGUCAGCAACGGGCAUCGAUGGCACCGAUGGCUUAUUACAUUCGCAUUUGCAGCACAGCACAACAACUCCCGCGCAACACCAACACCAACAUCAACACCAACACCAACAACUACAACCGCAUCAGUUAAAUGGUCAAACCAAAGCACCCGCCUCAAAGUUUGCGCCGCCGGCGCCACCUCGUCUUGGCCUGGGAUUUGCGGCAGCAGCGGCCAGUGGACAGCCGCAGCUGACGCAGCCCAUCACCAAGCAGCCAUCCUCGGGCAAGGAGCACAUGCACGCACUGGAGGAGCUGUUGCAACAGCAGCAGCAACAGCUGCAGCCGCAUCAACAUCAACAGUCAGCAGCUGGUCAACUGGGCGCCUCGAUUGUCAUCGGCGGUGAUCCGUCGCUGCUCAAUCCGAUUGUCUGUCCCCGUUGCGGUCUGUGCCGCUGCGAGCAGUGCCAGAGUCCGCGACCGCUGCCCCAGACAUGGGUAUGCAACAAGACGUGUUUGUGCAGCGCCGAGUCUAUCAUUGAUUAUGCGUCGUGUUUGUGCUGUGCCAAGGCCCUGUUCUAUCACUGCGCCCGGGACAAUGAUAUGGACUGUGAUGAUGGCAAUGGCACACCCUGUGUCGAUAAUCCCUGUUCCUGUGGCCCCUACAAGCGCACCCAGCGCUGGGGCUGGCUGGGCGCCCUGUCCAUUGUGCUGCCCUGCUUGUGGUGCUAUUGGCCCAUGCGCGGUUGCAUCAAACUCUGCGAGAAGUGCUAUGCCAGGUUUGCGGGACGCGGCUGUCGCUGCCAGGGCAACAUCUCCGCCAUGGGCAAUGGCAGCGGCAACAGCGGCAGUGCUGGCGGCGGUGGCAUCAACUCCACCAGCAGCAUGAUGCCGAUUGUGCCACUGGGUGGCAUCAGCCCGGUGAAUGGCAAUCAAAAUGUUGGCAUUCCGGUUAGUGGCAAGAGUUUCGAGCAUGGUUGCAGUGCGGCCAGCCGGAUAUUGCGCAAGGGCGAUCUGACGCCGGAGAAGCGACUGCUCGACUCCAGUCCGGACUACUAAGAACAAAAAACAAAAAGAAAAACAACAAAUGAAAAAGAAGAAAAUGGGAAGUGGAAAAGCGUCGCACGCGUUUUGUGCGCGUUUUUUGCCGCGCGUAAAAAACGAUACGCACAAAAUAAGAGUCGCUUGGUAGGUGGCAAAAUUUAUAUAUAUAUAUAUAUACGCCUAUAUAUACAAAUAUUAAAUGUAUGACUUAAAGAUAUAUGCCUAUAUAUAUAUAUUUACAACAAAUAUUGAGAAUGUAUGAUUUAAAGCUAUACACACAAAAAAAAGUUUAAUGUAUGAUUUAAAGCAAAACAAAAAAAAAAAAGGGAAAAA